AUGCACGUCACCAACGCCCUCCUCGCCGCGCUUGCCGCCGUCGGCCCCGUCGCCGCCGUGCCCUGCUCGCCCUGGGUCGUCAAGCCCAUCACCAAGAUUGAGCUCGGCCCGCGCCCGUACUUUUUGGUCGAGAGCCUGCGCGCCGGCCCGCUCAAGGCCAAGCUCGCGUCGUGCACCGAAAUGGACAUGAAGCCGAGCACCUGGUCAAUCGGGCACCGCGGCGGCGGCACCCUCCUCAUCCCCGAGGAGUCACGCGAGUCCAUCCUGGCGGGCGCGCGCAUGGGCGCCGGCAUCCAAGAGUGCGACGUGACCUUUACCAAGGACCGCGGCCUCGUCUGCCGCCACAGCCAGUGCGACCUGCACACCACCACCAACAUUGUCACUGUGCCGGAGCUCAACGCAAAGUGCAAGACGCCGUUCCGUCCCGCUGCCAACGGCACCGCGGCCAAGGCCGAGUGCUGCACCAGCGACAUCACCAUCGCUGAGUACCAGUCGCUGUGCUCCAAGAUGGACGGCUUCAACGCUUCGGCCACCACGCCGCAGGACUACCUGCAUGGCACCCCGUCGUGGCGCUCCGACCUGUACGCCAGCUGCGCCAAGGUUAUGACGCUGCAGGAGCACAUUACGCUCGUCCGAUCGCUCGGGCUGAAGUUCACCCCCGAGAUCAAGACGCCCAUGAUCCCGAUGCCGUUCCAGGGCAACUACACGCAGGAAAUGUACGCCCAGCAGGUGGUUGACACUUUCCGGGCCAACGGCAUCCCGCCGCAAGAUGUAUUCUUCCAGAGCUUCCUUUACGCCGACAUUCUGUACUUGCUCAAGCACGAGCCCACCUUUGGCCAGCAGGCCGUCCUUCUCGAUGAGACCGCCAGCAUCGAGGCGUCCGUUGCCGCGCUCUCCACAUACGCCCAGGACGGCGUCAAGAUUGUCGCGCCUCCCCUGGGCUUCCUCGUUCGGGCCGACGGCGACAAGAUCGUUCCCAGCCCGUACGCCAUCAAGGCCAAGGAGCUCGGCCUGAAGAUCAUCACCUGGUCACUCGAGCGCUCGCCCCCCGUGGCGCAGAUCAAGGCCAAGGGCGACUACUACUUUGACAGCGUCAAAGAACUUCUCAAGACAGACGGCGACGUGUACACUGUGCUCGACGUUCUCUGGCAGCAAGUCGGCGUGGCCGGCGUCUUUUCGGACUGGAGUGCCACGGCCACCUUUUACGCCAACUGUUUCGGCGUUGGCAUCUAG